GCUGCGCACACAUGUCCCGUGAUGCUUUGCGUCGUGACGUCUCUAGUUUGCGACAUCUUAGGCGGCAAGUUGUUUUGGUUAUUGAAUGACAAGCCCACCACUGUAUUAUUCUGUUGUAAUUAAUUAAACCUCAACUAAAAUGAUUCACGAGCUCUUGUUGGCUUUAAGUGGAUACCCAGGGACAAUUUUCACGUGGAACAAACGGACAGGUUUGCAGGUGUCACAGGACCUGCCUUUCCUUCACCCCAGUGAGACCAGUGUCCUCAACAGGCUCUGUAAACUGGGCUCUGACUACAUACGAUUCACAGAGUUCAUAGAACAACACACUGGCCAUGUGCAUCAACAAGAACAUCACACAAACCAGCCCAACCAGACUGGACUUCAUGGCAUUUAUUUGCGGGCUUUCUGCACAGGGCUGGACUCUAUGCUGCAGCCGUACAGACAGACUCUGCUGGACCUUGAACAAGAGUUUCUUGGAGAUCCUCAUCUGACAAUAUCCCAUGUGAAUUACAAGCUCGAUCAGUUUCAGUUACUAUUUCCCUCUGUGAUGGUGGUGGUAGAGGCUAUAAAAUCACAGAAGAUCCAUGGUUGUCAAAUCCUGGAGACGGUAUACAAGCACAGUUGUGGGGGGCUUCCUCCUGUACGCAUGGCCUUAGAAAAGAUUCUUGCAGUUUGCCAUGGUGUGAUGUAUAAGCAGCUAGCAGCUUGGAUGUUGCACGGAUUGCUGCUGGACCAAAGUGAGGAGUUCUUUGUGAAGCAGGGUCCCAGUGCUGGAGGAGCUGCUGCCAACCAAGAGGAGGAGGAGGAGGACCUGGGACUGGGAGGCCUGAGUGGGAAACAGCUCAGAGAACUGCAGGAUCUGAGGCUGAUUGAGGAGGAGAACAUGCUGGCUCCAUCUUUGCAGCAGUUCUCUCUCAGAACUGAGAUGCUGCCUUCUUACAUCCCAAUCCGAGUUGCCGAGAAAAUCCUCUUUGUGGGAGAAUCUGUCCAGAUGUUUGAAAACCACAACCACAAUCCAUCGAGAGCUGGCUCCAUACUGAAACACCAGGAGGACACGUUUGCUGCUGAGCUGCACAAACUCAAACAGCAGCCUCUCUUCAGUCUGGUGGACUUUGAAAAUCUCAUGGAUCGCAUCAGGAGCACAGUGGCAGAGCACCUCUGGACGUUGAUGGUGGAGGAGUCUGAUCUGCUCGAACAGCUCAAGAUCAUUAAAGAUUUCUACUUGCUUGGUCGUGGUGAGCUCUACCAGGUUUUUAUUGACCUGGCACAGCACAUGCUGAAGACGCCUCCAACAGCUGUCACUGAGCACGAUGUAAACGUGGCCUUUCAACAGGCGGCUCAUAAGGUGCUGCUGGAUGACGACAACCUCCUGCCUCUGCUGCACCUCACUGUGGACUAUCAGGGCAAAGACAGCAAAGACGGGUCAGGCCCCAGAGAUGGAGCCACGCCCCCACAGGACACGUCCCCUCGUGAGGUCCCUCCCACAGGCUGGGCAGCUCUCGGCCUCAUCUACAAAGUCCAGUGGCCACUGCACAUCCUCUUCACUCCUGCUGUCUUGGAGAAGUACAAUGUUGUGUUCAGGUACCUGCUCAGCGUACGGCGGGUGCAGUCACAGCUGCAGCAUUGCUGGGCUCUGCAGAUGCAGAGGAAGCACCUAAAGUCCAGCCAGACUGAUGCCGUCAAGUGGAGAUUACGCAACCACAUGACGUUUUUGAUUGACAACCUGCAGUACUACUUACAGGUGGACGUCCUGGAGUCUCAGUUCUCUCAGCUACUUCAGCAGAUCAACUCUACCAGAGACUUUGAAAGCAUCAGAUUAGCCCACGACCAUUUCCUCAGCAAUCUGCUCGCCCAGUCCUUCAUCCUACUGAAGCCGGUUUUCCACUGUCUGAAUGAAAUCCUUGAGCUAUGUCUCACUUUCUGCUCAUUGGUCAGUCAGACUGUGGCCUCUCUGGAUGAGAGGGGAACUGCUCAGCUUGACAUCCUGGUCAAGGGUUUCAGGCGGCAGUCGUCCUUACUGUUCAAGAUCCUUUCAAGUGUGAGGAAUCAUCAGAUCAACUCUGACCUGGCUCAGCUGUUGCUGCGACUGGACUACAACAAGUACUACACACAGGCUGGAGGCACUCUGGGCAGUGUUUAAGAAGAGCAAAGACGUGGACAGACGAAAAUAUUGUAUAUAACACUGUUACACUCUCUUAAAGUGUAUCUUUGUAGAUCAUCCAAAAUUAUAAAAUCUGAUAUAGACCGCUUUUUGUGUGUGCAACAGUCACUCGACAUCUGCCUCAGAACUGUCCAUGAUUGCCUCAGUGCAACAGAGAAGGAAAGAAACAAGCAGUACAUUUGUUUCUUUUCAUAUAUAGUGACAAUUGUUGAUGCAGCAGGAAUGUUAACCAAUGUUUCAAAAACUGUAGAUUAGAUAAACUACUCUGUAGUUGAUACAUUGCAGGAAUAGUUUAGCAUUUCUCAUAAAUGCACUUUUUUGUCAUGUUGCUAAGAGUUACAUGAGAACAUACAGUAAAAAACACUCUGUUACAUGAAUCUGAAGCCAAUGUUGUUGAACCUCAGAAUGGACUCAUCAGUUAAACAUCAGGGCACUAGAUUGUUUUUUUAUACCUUGUGAAGAAUUAUGAACAAAAUCCCAUUUAUUGUAAUGAGGCAGAGACCUGAGAUACAAUUUCCACAUCAUCACAUCAAUGCCCAACUCUUU